AAUAGAAGUAUGUGGUUAUAAUUUUUGCAUGUAAAUAAAUGUUGUUUACUUAAAGCAGUACAAAUUCCACAGAUAAGAUGAAACUUUUUAACAGAUAUGUAGCACUAAUGUGAUAUUAUUUAUUACCAACUGGUAUUAAUAUCCGUUACCAAUAACACGGCGUCUACCGAUUUAAUCGACGUACAAUAAAUUUGUAUUAUUCGUUUAAUUAAUAUUUCAUACGGGAAUAAAAGAUCUUGUAUGUAACAAACGAAAUAUUUUGUAUAUAAUUGUGAAACAACAUAGGCGUAAUAUAUAUGUGUUAAGAUAAAGUAGAAAAACUAAAAUAAAUUUUAGUACGGUCGAUUUAAAGAAUUCUUGAUAAAACAACGAAUAAAGUUCGAUAAAACUGCCAUGUUUUCACCCCACCGUCUCAUAAAAAAGAACCUGCAAUUUAUAAGUGCAGUUUACAUCGAAUCCGCUAGUAGUAACGGUGCUUCGUCGCAGUUACUUUCGUUAAAAAUCAAUCAAUCGAUACACCCACUUGUUAGAACAUUUUCUGUUUCCACUGCAGUAAUGGCUAAAAUAAAGGUUGGACCUGUCGUUGACAUUUUAGGAGAUGAAAUGACACGUGUCAUAUGGGAUGCCAUUAAGGAGAAACUUAUUUUACCUUAUUUAGAUAUUGAAUUACACACUUACGAUCUGGGUAUUGAAAAUCGGGAUGCAACCGAUGAUCAAGUAACCGUAGACUGUGCAGAGGCUAUUAAGAAAUAUAAUGUAGGAAUAAAAUGUGCCACUAUUACACCUGACGAGAAACGAGUGGAAGAAUUUAAAUUAAAACAAAUGUGGAAAAGUCCCAAUGGUACUAUUAGAAAUAUUUUAGGCGGUACAGUUUUUCGUGAAGCAAUUAUUUGUAAGAACAUACCGCGUCUGGUAACUGGCUGGUCUAAACCCAUUAUUAUUGGUAGACACGCUCAUGCAGAUCAGUAUAAAGCUACAGACUUUUUGGUACCAGGCCCUGGCAAACUGGAAAUUACAUGGACAGGAGAUAACGGAGAAAAAAUUCAACAUACAGUCCAUACUUUUAAGGGAGCUGGUAUCGCGCAAGCUCAGUACAAUACAGAUGAAAGUAUUUGUGCCUUUGCUCACAGCUCUUUCAAAUAUGCUCUUUCAAGAAAUUAUCCUCUGUAUCUUUCUACAAAAAAUACGAUUCUUAAGAAAUACGAUGGCAGAUUCAAAGAUAUUUUCCAAGAAGUAUACGAGAAAGAAUAUAAAGCACAAUUUGAGGCGAAAAAACUUUGGUACGAGCAUCGUUUAAUAGACGAUAUGGUAGCGUAUGCGAUGAAAUCAGAAGGUGGUUUUGUAUGGUCUUGUAAAAAUUAUGACGGAGAUGUUCAGUCCGACUCCGUGGCACAAGGGUACGGAUCUCUAGGUUUAAUGACUUCAGUUUUACUUUGUCCGGAUGGACGUACAGUAGAAACAGAAGCUGCACAUGGUACAGUUACAAGGCACUAUCGUCAAUAUCAGCAAGGGAAAGAAACAUCAACCAAUCCGGUUGCUUCGAUAUUCGCAUGGACACAGGGUUUGGUUUAUCGUGCCAAACUGGAUAAUAAUCAAGAACUUAAGAGAUUUGCAGAAACCUUAGAGGUAGUUUGCAUAAAUACUAUCGAAUCUGGUUACAUGACAAAGGAUCUUGCAAUUUGCAUCAAAGGAUUGAAUAAUGUUACAAGAUCUAGUUAUUUAGAAACAUUUGAAUUCCUUGAUAAAUUGGCAGAAAAUCUGCAGAAGCAAGUCAAGAAGUGACUACAUUACGAUCGUUCUGAUGUAAUGCAAUCAAAGUAUUAAACAUAUUUAACAAGAACAAGGUUACUGGUUAUGGUGAAUGAAACUGCAUUUAUAUUAUACAUACAUAUAUUGUAAGCCUUAAAAAGGCGUGAAAUGGAUAUACUGUAACUAAAAUUGUAAAAAUGUAUUAAAAAGUUUUCUUUUAAUAUCA